CUCAUCCACUUUCAGGAACAUCAGCGUUACCUCGAGGGAACCAAGCACAUCAUCGAUUGAUUCGCUCGCCCUUUUUCCUGGGUCUGGGCACACCAACACCAUUACGAUCACCACACCAUGGGCAGGAUGGCGCCCAUUCUCACCCCACGAAUGCUCAAUGGCGAGGCAAGCAACACUGAUGCUCUCGGUAUCACAUACGUUGUUAUCGCCAUAGUAUACACCAUUAUAUUGGCAUUCGAACUUACACUUUUGUACCGAAUGCGAAAUGCGUUUUGUAUACGAAUCAGGAACAUCAAGAUCGUAUUCGCUGCGGUGUCGAUGCUCCAUGUCUACCUCACACUCGUGCUGCUGGCGUACCCGUGGAAUGGACUUUACCCGUGCUCGGCAGAGUUCUGGGUCAUGUCUGUUUUCCUACCGUCAGGAAUGGCAUUUUUCCAGGCCUGCAAUGCCAGAGUUCUCACAGCAUACGAGAGCCAACGUCGUAUGACGCGCAACUUUCUUGAGGGUGCUCGCAAGGAGCGGAUGUCAUACACGCCUGCAGGGCUGUGUAGGGCCUGGAAGAAUCUCGGUGCAGCAUCGAAAGUUUACGUACUCACUCUCCUGGGCUUGGUCAUCUCAUUCGUCCCUGCUGUUAUCCUUUACUUUGGUUCGCGUCGCUUUCAUGCCAGUUACGGCUUCUUCGGGACAGUGGCUGGAUUCAUGGAAUGCCGCAAAGGUUUCGAAUGGAUCCCAUCAAUCUUCGUACAGCUUUUUUGGACAGCAAUGGUCGGACCCUGGAUCCUCUGGAAGAUUCGCCACAUUCAGGAUGUUCACUCGUGGGCGUGGCAGACCAGGCUGGCCAUUAUUGCUGGCCUACCUGGAACACCACUAUGGAUUGCAUUUACAUACUCGGACAUGCCCGAGAUCGCUCAGAUCAGGAACUACUUUGCCCCAGCGGGAUGGUUCAUUCCAUCUCUCGUCGUAUGCCAACAGGUUCUUAUUCUGAUCCCCCUCGCCGACGCCUUCAAGUCGAAGCCUCGUCAACGACCUAUGUCAACAGCAACCGAAACCGCAUCAUUGACAUCAACCAUCUCCGCGACGUCACAGAAAUCAGCUCAAGAGCUUUUCCGCGAACUGAAGCCUAAAGCCUCCAUGCAAGCCCUCGAGCUCAGCAUUGAACAAAACAUCGAGCCUCUCAUUGUCUGGGCCGCAACAAAAGAAUUUACAGCCGAGAAUGCCAUCUUCCUCCGCGAAGUCCGCAACUGGCGCAAGAAGUGGUCCUCCCUCAAAGUCGUCUCGACCGCCCAACGCCGCCAAAUGUUCAGCGAAGCCUCCCUUAUCUACUUCACCCUCAUCAACCCCUUCACUGCCGAAACACCCAUCAACAUCGAAUACAAGGUUUUCAAGGUCUUGCAGGACCUGUUCGCGGGCAUGGAAUACGACCCGUACAUGCCGCGCAGCACAACACCUGAUGAUGUCAAGUCUCCUGUCAUCCGCGAGAACGUUAUUUGUCCUUGGGAAGAGACGCUGAGCCGCCCGGCUAGUGUACUAUCCGACAUCACCACCUCUACCACAUCGAGUACUGGCGGCAUCAUUCCCAGCGAAUUCACCGAGGACAUCUUCGAUGCGGCGUACGAGAGCAUCAAGUACCUCGUGUUCACCAACACAUGGCCGCGCUACGUCGACGCUGAGAUGUCUAGUAAAGCAUCCUCACCAUAGACACUCCCACACUUUCUGACCAACAAAGAAGGAGAGGAGCAAUGGAAGAAAAGUAUCAGUAACAUGAGCCAACGACACAUUUUUAGCCCAAGCAUGGACACUCGACGGCCGCACCCCAUUAAGAACACACCGAU